AUGCUGAUCUGGGGUCCUGACACCUUGAGAGAGAAAUUCCUUGUGACUGUUUGUUUGGUCGUCACGUCGUCUUCUGACACCCAACUUCGCAAAGAAAGGCCAAUUGGUUCACCCAUCGCCUUAAACCCCGCUGCUUCCACCACGGAACGAGGGCGGAAUGACAGCGGAACUUUGACCGCAUUGACUGCCAAACCCCCAAGCGCAAGGAAGGUCCUGCCGGGAGCGCUGUAG